GUUUAAUCACAUUACAAACUUAGUAGACCAGGGGACCGACCGCAGUGGGCUAGCGCGAGAAGAGAAAUGCCGCUCCUUCGUCGCGCGGCACAGAGCCUGCUCACGUCAUGGGCGCCUGUGGCAACUAACUGUGGUGCUAUGAGCGAGCUCGUGCGCUGCAUGGGCACGGAGCGCCGGCCGGGAGAGUCCGGAGCAUGGAAGCAGAUUGAGCGUCAGCGCUACGCUAGCGAUUGGGAGAACGACCCCACCUUUAAGCGCACGCCGAAGAACUUGGCAGAGGUGCUGGACGACAGCGCGUCGAUGCUGCUACUGACGGAUGUGUGGCGCGGUAUGGCGUACACCCUGGGUGCCUUCUUCGAUAAGAAGGUCACGAUCAUGUACCCGUUCGAGAAGGGCCAGCUGAGCCCUCGCUUCCGCGGCGAGCACGCGCUGCGCCGCUACCCCACUGGCGAGGAGCGCUGCAUCGCCUGCAAGCUGUGCGAGGCGAUCUGCCCCGCCCAGGCCAUCACCAUCGAGGCGGAGGAGCGCGAGGACGGCAGCCGCAGGACCACCCGGUACGACAUUGACAUGACCAAGUGCAUUUACUGCGGCUUCUGCCAGGAGGCCUGCCCCGUGGACGCGAUCGUGGAGGGCCCCAACUUCGAGUUCUCUACCGAGACGCGCGAGGAGCUGCUGUACGACAAGCAGAAGCUGCUGGAGAACGGCGACAAGUGGGAGACGGAGAUCGCCACCAACCUGCGCACGGAGUCGCUUUACCGCUAAACGCACAGGUGCCGCGCGGCGGCAGUGCAGCGGAGCGUUUGAUAGUCGCGCGAUUCGCGAUACUAGAACGGUUGUAGAUGGUCUGGGCGGACAUGAGUGUAUUUUUGUGGGGCCCAGCUGGUGACUUCAUGCAGGUGGCGUCACGGAUGGUGUUGACAGGGCGGGUUGGUGAGCGGGGGAGGGGGCACAAGCGCAUGACGCUUGGCUUGGCAGUGCCGCAUCCUAGUAGCGACAGUGUCGCACGGAGAAACCGUCGUACCACCGGCGUCUCCUUGGCUUAUGUUCUCUGUAGUAGUAGUACGGUAGUGGGCUGUAAACAUGUAGGUCGCAGUGGAAGUGCAAAUGGCAUUUGGUGGGGUGGAGGACAACAAAGCGCCAUGGAAGCCAUAUAGGAACGCCGUAUAGAGUUACCACUGGUAGUGCACUGUAACGAAGCUGCAUG